UUCGCCAUCACCUGUCAAUGCCCAGCUUCCGCAUCGCUUAGGAUUUUUGAAUACACAUCCACCAUGUGUGGUUGCAUCACCAAUGGCAACAUUUGAGCGCAAAUCGUCUCGAUUCUCCACAUCGAAGACCAGCCGAUCGAACGUCGCAGGAACGGUUUCUACGACCCUGGCGGCGCAGCUGGUUCCGCGUCUGUCCUCGCAAGGCGACCAGACGCGUAUCCUAACCAAAGAAGCUUUCUCACAACUGCGGCAUGAACUUCUUGAAGGCAAAUACAGCCAGCUGCUAUCCAAUGACAGCGUCGCCGAUGUAAAAAAGCUUCUUUGCAUCGCCCUCAAAGCCGGUCUCGAGCCAUGUAUCGAGGAUCAGGGGCGCCACCGGGAGGCCCUAGCAAACCAGCUCUGGGACUGCCUGGAUAUUGUACAGGCCGUUGUCGACAAAGCACCUUUGGUUCUCGUUGAGGUUGCAGAUCCGGAGAUUCUGGGAAAGGAUGAACAGGUUCCCCUGUACUCGUGGCUGCUUGUCCGACUCCUGCGAGCGGCAAGUAUCUGGGAGAUAGACAGACUUAGAGAAAAAGUCAAUAGCAUCCUCUCGAGCAUAACGAGUGUGCCCAAUAAUCAUGCCAGAAUCUUCCCUUCUUUCCUUUGUAUCUCUUCGUUCUUACGAUCAUGCACCAUGGACCUUCUGUGCUCUCUAGAGGCUUUUCAUUCUCAAAGAUUAUCCAAUGAGCAUGCGACCAGGUCUCCUGUAGUCAACUUGAAGCAACAAUUCUGUAUAGACCUUGUGAAACUCCGUCUUCCGCAUGGCUCAUUCAAUAGGACCAUCAACUCAGGGUCAUUGCUCCAGAGCUUCUUACUCUGUGCUGAUAUGUUCAAGUCUAACAUACACGCAUAUACUUCAUCUGCCGCCCCUUUUGAUCGGCAUGAUAAGAUAUGGCUUUGGAACGGUUAUCAGCGCCUGUGGGACCUGGCCAUUUCCUGGCUCCAAAAGACUUUGCCCGCUCCGAAAGAGACAACCACACAAAUUUGUGUCCGUGUGAUAGCCGCAGCUGGGACUCUCUUCACCGAGGGGAGAUGCACAGAUCAAGACUUGGAGUUGGUCCACAUUGUUCUCCAAAAAUUGGCAGAUAUAUUGACCACAGACGACCUAAGGGAUUUUCCAGUUGUUCAACUAGAAUUGAGCCACCUCUUAAACAGAGUUGUUGACAUUUUGAGAUGUACAGUGCGUUGCACUAGCAUCACGGACAAAUCGAAUCUGUUGAAGAAGGCAAUGACGGAGAGACUUGCAUUCUUUCGGUCUUUAGAGCCGCGUCUUCAGACAUCGAUUGAGAAUCUUCUGAGAAGAGCCUUGCCAUCAAAAGCGGAGUGUACCACUGUCUCUGAGACUUCUGUCGCUCUCACACAGCACGUAGUGCCAGGGAUUGUUCAACCACAAGAGUCACGCACCACUAACCCAGCAGUUGACACCACUGAAAGUGGUAAUUCCGUGAAGCGCCGCCGUGUUUCGCAUCCUGAUGCAACUAUAAUCAACCGCAGUAUGCCGCAAAGGCUUGUGUCUGAAUUACUCAAGUUGCUUUGUGAUCAAGACUCCAGCGACAUCAAGGACCUUGGACCUUCCGUGUCUGAGUAUUUUGGCGAAAUUAGUGAGGAGAAAAAAUGCGAAGUUCUACACACCCUAGGGCUUUUACCUUGCGCUAUGGCUAGAAGCUUGGCACGCAUUGACGGCGCUACCUCGAACGAUGCAUUGCAUUGUCGCUUUUGCGACGAUGAAAGCAGAAAAGCCCGUUUCGACUCGAACGAUCAAUGUCUCAGGGCUGACCUACUGGGUGAUGUGUUUGCCUCCAUAUUACCUACGCUGUCCCGCACUGCGCCUUUGAGAAUAGCUGCAAUAUCUGCUUUACGUAGGGUCAUCAUGCAUGCUCCGAACUCUGAAUAUACGCGGCUCGCCACCUCCGUCUUUGGGGACUUCUAUCUACACUCUAUGAGGAGCUCUAUAAGAGAACUACGAAUUAUGGCUGGUUUUUCAAUUACUUCGUUUGUUCAGAGAAAACUGGACCGAGAUGUUAGGCACGACAACUUCAUAAGAAUCUUGGAUUGGUUACGCGGGAUCGCAGAGAAGAAGGACGUUCAUUAUCAUGAAAGUUGUAUCUUGACACUUUGUCGGCUUGCGAUGUUCUCCUAUGACGAAGAAAUGAACAUCAUUUUGCUGCGCCUUGUUGAAUAUCUGGGUCACUCGAACCCAUUCGUCUGCUCCAUCGCAUACACUGAACUCUCCAGACUGGCGCAAAAUCUCUCACUUACUCCCGGUGGCUUGUUUCGACCAUUCUGGAGUACCAUCUCUGUGACCGUGGUCAAAAGUUUCCAAUCUCGCCCUUACAUGGCAGAACAGCUGUGCGAUCUCCUAGGGAUGAAAGUCGAUGACUUCUUACGAUUAACUGAGGUUUAUGUUUUACCUUACCUCGUGCUCACACAGAAACGAGACAUCAUCGCUAGAGUAGGCGCCACGUACAAAGAAGUCAGAACGCCGUUCGAUAUAUGCUCAGAGAAGAACAAUCUCGCCGCUAUACUAGCGUUCUUGUUGAGCCAGCCAUCAUCAUUGGACCCGGAAGAUAGUAUAAUGUCCACCCUAUCCACAGUGGAUGCCGCCUUCGCUGGACGUACCUUAGCCGAUCUCUUGAGGGUCGAGCCGAUUCUCAUCGCAUGUGAGAUUCUCAAGAACUUGGGGGACUCGAGCGUCAAGAAAGGAGCAAGGUUCCAGCGAGCACUUCAUCUCCUCGCCACCCUUGUCCCACGGAAAUCUGCCAAUGCACAAAAACGAGGCAACUUGAUCGGUCACUUCAUCGAAGAGCAUGUCCUUGGCAUCAUCACACAAUUUGCACAUGCCAUAAACGAUUUUCAAAUCAGACAGUCACUCAUGGAAAAGAAAAGAAAUCUUGCAGCUAUUGGAGAGAUGAUCAAGGUCGCUCGAGGUCACGUCAGUAGUGCUUUGCCGCAGAUAUGUGCAUGCUUACGAUCCGCACUCGAAAUCAAGGAUUUGUGCAAUCAUGCAUUCAUGGUAUGGAGAGUCCUCAUUAGCACUCUUCAGGGGGAAGAGGUCGAGCCCCUCAUUGAUCAGACAAUGUCUAUAGUGAUAAAGUACUGGGACAUGUUAACCGAAGAAACACAAAGCCAUGCUCACGACUUGGUUGGUUAUAUCAUACACCACCAUAGUGAUGUGGUACGCGAUAUUUUCCAUACAAUGCCCUCUCUUUCUUUGAUCCCGAGGCUAGCCAGCCUUGAGGUGGAGAUCAGCGAGCUUAGAGGAAAGAUGGACGUUCGGAGCCAAUUCUUAGCUUUCAUUCGUCGCAGCCAAAGUGAAAACGCGGUGGUCAUUGAGCAAACUUUGAAGGAGCUCGUUGCCUUUCUUUCUGGCAACGAAGAAUUUGUUCAUGCCUCGGUGCUUAGUGAGCAACCAGAUCCGGUUGUUUCACAGCUGACUCGAGCCUUGCUUGAUUGCUGUGUCAAAUUUAAUGCGAGCUCGGAAUCCAUCACUAUUCUCUCGGCUCGGUGUCUGGGACUAAUCGGCUGUCUUGAUCCCAAUCGAGUAGACACGGUAAAAGAGAAGAAAGAUAUACUGGUCCUAUCGAAUUUUGACAGCAUGGAGGAGACUUUUGACUUCAUUCUGUUCUUCCUGCAGCACGUUCUCGUCGAGGCAUUUUUGUCAACAUCUAACACGAGAGCCCAAGGAUUUCUCGCGUAUGCAAUGCAAAAUAUGCUCAGGUUCUGCAACCUUGACUCGGCCGUGAUUAACCGGUCUCGAGAUGUUCAGGGGGAGGAAAAAUAUCGACGCUGGAUGCAACUGCCUGAGGCUGUUCGCAACAUCUUGACUCCAUUCCUAACAUCAAAGUAUACAGUUACGAUUGGUGCCAUCAACACUAAUUGCAAAUCUCCUCUCUUUUCUUUGGAAUUGACGCAUGGCAACUGGCUUCGAAGCUUUGUGCAAGAUCUGUUACGAAGUGGGAACGGCGAUAAUGCACGACUCAUAUUUAGCGUCUGCAGUCGCAUCGUUAAGGGGCAAGAUAUCUCGAUAGCGUCAUUCCUUUUGCCAUUUGCGGUUCUAAACCGCAUAGUUGGCGGAACGGAAAGUGAGAAGCAAGAUUUGCAAUGCGAACUGGUACAUACCUUGUCUUAUCCUCUUCCGCAAUCGAACAAUUAUGCAUACGAGAACAUAUUAUUAUGCAGUCAGAGUAUCUUUGAGGUUCUGGAUUAUCUUUCGCGAUGGCUACAAGGAAAGAAGAAACAACUCAAUAGCUCCAAGCAUCACAGCCAUUACAUUAGUCGUACUCACAAGGAAGCGUCUCGCGAAAUGCUACUGGAUACGUACGCAUCGCAGGUGAAAGCCGUGGAAGCCUUGUUGAUUUCAAUACCCCCAGAGAUCAUAUCAAGGAGAGCAGUCGAGUGCAAGUCAUUCUCACGGGCCCUGUUCCAUUGGGAGCAGUACAUUCGUCAGUCCAAUCGUCAGUCCGGCACACGGCAGCCUUCCGGAACCGAGUCUCUAUACCAGCGUCUUCAGGAUAUCUACAGCCAGAUUGAUGAACCAGACGGCAUUGAAGGAAUUUCGUCUAGUCUUCAUGCGUUGAACAUCGAUCAGCAAGUGCUUGAACAUCGCAAGGCAGGAAGGUGGGCUACUGCGCAGAGCUGGUAUGAGCUACAGGUCCAGAAAGAUCCAGACAACGGCGAAGCGCAAUGGAAUCUGCUUACUUGCCUUAAGGAAUCAGGACAGCAAGAUGCUAUUCUCACCAGAUUCGAGGUUCUCACAAGUCCUGUUCUAAGGAGUAAGUUUCUUCCCUUCGCAGUUGAAGCAUCUUGGAUUACCGGGAACUGGGAUCGGCUACACAAUUAUCUACGACUUGGCUCGCAGGAUACGUCGGAUUUCAAUAUCGGGAUUGGAAUCGCUUUCGACGCACUUCGUCAUGAUGACAGGGCAAGGUUUGAGCAACUAAUCAACGGUCUACGACUGAAUGUUGCCAAGUCACUGACAGCCAAUUCGGUGACUUCCUUGCAAUCAUGCCAUGACAGUAUACACAGGUUGCAUGCUUUAUGUGAGAUCGAGUUCAUUGUCAAGAUAGGACACGAGCCUUGCAUCGAGCAAAGAUCACGGUCAGAAGUGCGUGCUGUUUUGGACCGUCGCCUGGACAUUUUAGGAGGAUAUAUCUCCGACAAGCAAUACCUGCUUGGCCUUCGGAGGGCAACAAUGGAAUUGACGGGCAAAUUUUCCGAUUCCGAAAUAGCAGCUGCUUGGCUGGCUAGUGCCCGUCUUCUCCGGAAAGGCAAUUAUACCAACCAAGCAUAUCAGUCGAUGCUUCAUGCUGCCCGCUUGAAAGACCGAACAGCCACUAUCGAACACGCUCGACUUCUGUGGAAAGACGGUCACCAUCGGAAAGCGAUACAGACGCUUGAAGGUGCAAUCAUGGCUAAUGAAUUUUCAACGUCAGGCGAUUCCGAUUCCGGAUCCCUACUACGUGAAAAACACCAGAAUAUUCUUGCAGCUAGGGCCCACUUGCUCCUGGCAAAAUGGACGGAUCGUGCCGGUCAAACUCAAUCGGAUGUUAUCGUUCAGAGGUUCAGGGAAGCCAUAAAACUUCAGCCAAGGUGGGAGAAAGCACAUUAUUAUCUGGGAAAGCACUACAACAAGAUAUUGGAUUCUGAGAAGGCAAAGCCACUAGGGAAGGAGGCACAGAUCUAUUUGAGUGGCGAAGUCUCAAAGCUUGUUGUCGAUAAUUAUCUACGAUCAUUGGCUCAUGGAAAUAAAUAUGUUUUUCAAUCACUCCCCAAAGUGCUGACGCUGUGGUUGGAACACGCAUCUAUCGUGGAACAGCCAUUUGACCCUAAGCGUGGAGACAAUGAGGAUUUUCAAAAGCAUACCCUACAGCAGCGAAAGAGAAGCCUCGAAGACAUACAUUUGCAGCUAAAGAAGUACAUACAUCGAGUCCCAGCUGCGUUGCUGUUCACAAUUCUUCCUCAGGUCCUAGCUCGUAUCUGUCAUCCGAAUGCCACAGUAUACGACCUCUUGACAAAGAUUGUGGCCAAAGCUGUGAAUUCUUUUCCUCAGCAAGGGCUAUGGACAGUUCUCGCUGUGGUCAAGUCGUCAUCUAGAGACAGAGCCUCGAGAGGUAUUAGUUGUCUCCAGAGAAUUACAGACAUGAACAAGAAAUCGAAAGCAGAGUCAUCCGUGUCUGACAUGCGUGCAUUGGUUAAUCAAGGCCAGAAAUUCUCAGAUGAGAUGUUGAGACUAUGCAUAGCACGCAUCGAAGAGAAGGUAUCAAGGGUAAAUCUUAGAACUCUUGGUUUCAAUCAUAAAGUGGCCCCUUGUCGACUUGUCGUGCCUUUUCAGGCAAUGUUAACGCCGAUCUUACCAGCCAGUCAUGAUUCAGAAUAUCUCAAGAGUUUCAGGGCCUUCCCCAGAGAAGCAAUCACAAUCGAAGCUGUCCUCGAUGAUGCUCAAAUCCUGAAUUCACUUCAAAAGCCGCGUCGUAUCAGUAUUCGAGGGUCUGAUGGAAGGAUUUACAGUAUUCUAUGCAAACCUAAGGAUGACCUUCGCAAGGACCAACGCCUCAUGGAGUUCAAUAACAUGAUCAACAGAUUCUUGAAGAGAGACGUCGAAUCGAGCAAACGUCGAAUGUACAUCAAAACGUAUGCGGUGACGCCACUGAACGAGGAGUGUGGACUCAUUGAGUGGGUGGAUAACCUCCGCACGUUGAGAGAACUUGUCAUCAAGCUUUUGAAAGAGAGAGGAAUUUCGCCAAAUUACAGCGAGAUCAGGCAAAAUCUCAUUGAAGCCUGCUCAGAGGCUUCGAAACUCGAUUUGUUUUCAACCAAGAUUCUUGCUAAAUUUCCUCCGGUGCUCUAUGACUGGUUUGUCGAGAUGUUCCCUGAAACGGAAGCAUGGUUUGCAGCCAGGAUACGUUACACCCGAUCCUGCGCUGUUAUGUCUAUGGUUGGUUAUGUCCUAGGGUUAGGUGACCGUCAUGGUGAGAACGUUCUUUUUGAGGAAGGGACAGGGGGGGUACUACAUGUUGAUUUCAAUUGCCUUUUUGACAAGGGCUUGACCUUCGACAAACCUGAGCUAGUACCUUUCCGCUUGACACAGAAUAUGGUGGAUGCGUUUGGCGCCUAUGGGUACAAUGGUCCAUUUCGCAAAACUUGCGAGAUAAGUCUAAGAUUGCUUCGCCACAAUGAAGAUGCACUCAUGACUGUCCUGGAGACUUUCCUGCACGAUCCGACCACAGAUUUCAUAGGGAAAAAACGUCGCACACAUGCAAGUGUGCCCGAUACACCCGCCGGGGUACUAGAAAAUGUUCGCAACAAACUCCGAGGUCUCCUACCGGGGGAAUCUAUCCCACUUUCCGUCGAUGGCCACGUCGAUGAAUUAAUCAUACAGGCAACCGAUAAGCGAAACCUGGCAGCUAUGUAUAUUGGCUGGUGCUCCUUUAUCUAG